CUAGACAUAACUACAAAUACUGAUGACUUAACAAAAGUAGAUCGAACUUCACGAAGUACUUUAGGAUCCAGACGACAUCUAAAAGUGGAUGAUGCCAAUCAAGUUGCAAAAUAUUUCCUUGGUGGAGGGCCAUUAAAAGGUCACUCGCACUUUGUAAGGGCAUCGAAUUGUGAUUCAAACAAUGAUGAAAAUAAUGUGGUUGGGAUGAGCAAUCCAACGGAUGAGAAUGACGCAGUUUUGUCUGAGAAUGAAGAAAAUGCUAAUGCAAAUUCAUCUGAUUCUAUUGUUGAUGCUCCACAUAUUCCUGGAUUAUAUUCUGCGCCAGGAACUGCACCUAUAGUCCAACCAUUUUCUUUAUUGCAUCCACCUUUAAAUACGUUACCUCCAGUCAUUCCACAUAUUCCUGUUAGGGGCAGUUUAUUACAUUCACUUGUACAUGGUCUACUUCAGGCACACUCACAGAUACAUCAAGCAUUUUCACCAACUUUACCAUUACAUCACCUUGCAGAUACACCACUUGUUGGAAGUCCAAAACCAUUGUUACAUCAUCGUAAGGCUAAAGUGAAUUUUGUGAAUGACUUAGCAUAUUCACAUGGACAAUAUAUACCUCUAUUAGGAGCAUCUCCUACAAGAUUCAAUAGUAAAAGUCCAGUAACACACAUGAUUCACCCUGAUUAUAUUCCACAUCUUCAACCUACUGGAUACAUUUUAAAAUAUGUACCUCAUAGUAGAGAAUCACUGUCCCCAGUUGUUGGUUCACCACAACAAUCUUCUGACUGUAUAAAUGAUAAUUCGGACACAGAACAAAACUUAGGUUCUGUUGAUAAUGAAGAUGACACAGAUGUAACUCAGUAG